GAACCCUCCUGCCUCAAAGAGCACUGACCGCACUCACCAGAGCGGCAGUGCGGCCCUGAAAAGGCUCCGGGCUGUACUCCUCCAGUGAUAAGGUUCCUCCUCUUUCCGAUCUGAAGCCAGCUACAUUUUGUGUGGCCACUCUGGGCCAUGGAUACAACCUUUAGCAGUUGCACAAUCUGUUUCUUGAGACCAAGAUAAUAAAAUCUAGAACUUGGUUAAAGAAACAGUGGCCAGACUGGUUACAGAGUCGGAGUGAGGCGUGUUGACCGGUGAAUGCAUAGAGUCAAGAAGGUAAAACUCUGUGACAAUAAAGAAGGUAUCUGGAAAAGCUGUGUGACAGUGAGCAUGACGGCUGUGGACGGCCUUUCGGACAGCACAGAGGUGGUGGAGAUGGAGGAUGUCCCAUCUCAGUUCUUUGUGGAGAAACACUCUUGGGAGGGCCUCCGUGACAUUAUCCACUGUAGCAGGAAGUACUCGGGCAUGAUCGCCAACAAGGCUCCCCAUGACUUCCAGUUCGUGCAGAAGAAGGAUGAGAAUGGACCCCACUCCCACCGGUUGUACUACCUCGGAAUGCCUUACGGAAGCCGAGAGAACUCAUUACUCUACUCAGAAAUCCCCAAGAAGAUCCGGAAAGAGGCUCUCUUAGUGUUGUCAUGGAAACAGAUGCUGGAUCAUUUCCAGGCUACACCGCACCAGGGGGCCUAUUCUCGAGAGGAGGAGUUGCUGAGAGAGCGUAAACGUCUUGGAGCAUUUGGUAUCACGUCCUAUGACUACCAUGCCCAGACGGGCCUGUUCCUCUUCCAGGCCAGCAAUAGCCUCUUCUACUGCCAGGAUGGAGGCAACAAUGGCUUCAUCCAGUCUGUUCCUGUAAAACCAGUGGAGAUUAAGACCCAGUGCUCAGGGACCCGCAUGGACCCUAAGAUCUGCCCUGGAGACCCUGACUUCAUAGCCUUCAUCAACAAUAACGACCUGUGGAUAGCCCACAUUAAGACUGGCGAGGAAAGGAGACUCACUUACUGUCACAAAGGUGUGGAUAGUGUUAAGGAAGACCCCAAGUCUGCAGGUGUAGCAACGUUUGUCAUCCAAGAAGAGUUUGACCGUUUCACUGGCUACUGGUGGAGUCCCUCAGCAGUGGAAGACCCUAAUGGAGGUAAAACGGUGUACCUGCUGUACGAAGAGGUGGAUGAGACAGAAGUAGAGAUUAUUCAUGUUCCCUCUCCGGCACUGGAAGAGCGGAAAGCAGAUGCUUACAGAUAUCCACGUACAGUUUUAAGGGGUCAGCUUGGGGUUUUUGAGCUGAUUGUGAGCACGCAAGAUAAAGAACUGGCCAUCCCCUUCACCUCCUUGUUUCCGGGGACAGAAUACAUUGCCAGAGUAGGAUGGACAAGCGACGGCAAAUAUGGCUGGGCAGUGCUUCUGGACCGCAGUCAGAGAAAACUACAGCUGGUCCUGCUGCCUCCAGCCCUCUUCAUCCCUGUCACAGAUGACACAGCUCAGAGGCAGGAGAGUCUGGAGGCUGUGCCCAGUAACACACAGCCAUACAUAAUCUAUGAAGAGACCACCGACGUGUGGAUUAAUGUUCAUGAUAUAUUCUAUCCAUUUAUUCAAACAACAGAAGAUGAGUUUACUUUCAUUUGGAUAAAUGAGUCUAAAACAGGUUUCAGCCAUCUGUAUAAAAUCACAUCCCUGUUACAACCAGGCUGCUACCAUUGGACAGAGGACUACCAACACAUGGAGGGAGACUUCAAAUGUGCAAUCAAGGAAGAGGUUGCACUGACCAGUGGAGAAUGGGAAGUGCUGGCAAGACAUGGUUCCAAGAUCUGGGUGAAUGAGUCAUCAAAGCUGGUGUACUUCCAGGGCACCAGAGACACUCCUCUGGAGCACCACCUCUAUGUGGUCAGCUAUGACUCACCAGGGGAUGUGGUCAGGCUAACCAAGCCCAGCUUCUCUCAUAGCUGCUCUGUUAGUCAGAACUUUGACUUUUUUGUCAGCCACUACAGUAACGUGAGUACACCUCCAUGUGUUCACGUCUACAAACUGACCAGCUCAGAAGGUGACCCACUACACAUGGUACCUGAGUUCUGGGCCAGCAUGAUGGAAUCACCAGGUUGCCCAGGAGAUUACAAUCCACCUGAGAUUUUUGACUUUCCUGGGAAGUCAGGCUUCCAGCUUUAUGGGAUGGUGUACAAGCCUCACAACCUGCAGCCUGGCAGGAAACACCCAACUGUUCUCUUCGUGUAUGGAGGCCCGCAGGUGCAGCUGGUGAACAACUCCUUCAAGGGGAUGAAGUACCUCCGUCUGAACACGCUGGCCUCUCUGGGCUACGCUGUGGUUGUCAUUGACGGGAGGGGUUCCUGUCAGAGGGGCCUUGAAUUUGAAGGAGCACUGAAAAACAAAAUGGGUCAGGUAGAGAUUGAAGACCAGGUUGAAGGGCUGCAGUACGUGGCAGAGAACUUUAACUUUGUGGACCUGAGCCGUGUCGCCAUUCACGGCUGGUCCUAUGGUGGUUUCCUCUCUCUCAUGGGCCUCAUUCAGCGACCCAAUGUCUUCAAGUUGGCUAUUGCAGGCGCCCCGGUGACUGUGUGGAUGGCCUACGACACAGGCUACACAGAGCGUUACAUGGAUGUGCCUGAAAACAACCAGCAGGGCUACGAGGAAGGCUCUGUGGCCCUGCAUGUGGACAAGUUGCCCAGCGAGCCCAACCGUUUGCUGAUUCUCCAUGGAUUUCUAGAUGAAAAUGUGCACUUUUUCCACACCAAUUUCCUAGUGUCACAGAUAAUCCGUGCUGGGAAGCCCUACCAGCUUCAGGUAUACCCCAACGAGCGACACAGUAUUCGCUGCCCUGAGUCUGGAGAGCACUACGAGAUAAUGCUGCUGCACUUUCUACAACAAUACCUCUGAAAUGAGACAACGGGGGAGAAGUGAAGUCUAGUUUCCCCUCUGUCCUCCUUUACCCUUCCAGCUCACCGCCCACCUUUAGUCUCCCUGACCUCCCCACCCCAACCCCAUCUCCAACUGUUCACACCGUCACUGAGAGACUAUCAGACACUCUACAGCCACUAGCCACUCUCUCCUGUGAACUAGUCAUGUAACUUCUCCAUUAUACUUCCCCUCUUUUGCUCUCUCUGUCUCUUGUUCUGUUACUCGCUUGCUCGCUCUGUCUCCUCCAUGCCCUCCCCCCCGUGUACAGUCUGGGGUAUGGUUUACGAGCACAGAUAUGUGGUGUCUCACCCUGAAAGCUGAACAAAGACAAGGACAUAUGGAGAAAUAUUUGCAGGCUGUGUCACAUUGACUCAUAGCUCACCCACAUCCUCAUCUCCACAACAAUGAUGGUUUUUGCCAAAUGUUAUUGUGUUGUUUUCCCGCUUAUUCCACCUUUUUAUUCACUCAAGUCAGUGGUAGGAACGGGGUUACAGUUCACGGAUAUGAAAUGGAAUAUAUACACAUAUUCGCAGACAUGAGCUCCCACACUAUACAUACAUACAUGUGUAAAAUACAGUUUAUCAGUAAAUACUCAGAACACUCAGAAGCACACUAACACAGAAUUGCAAUAUCCCUACAUACUGUGAGUCUGAACUUUGCAGUUUGUGUAAUGAAGAAAGGAAGAAAAAAACGAGACUCUUCCUCUGUCCACUUGUUUUAAGUGUGUGUCGUUUAAAAUAAAACAUUUUAUGGAUUUUUAUUAUUUUUUAAUGAGUGCUGAGAGAAGCCGCUCAUUGAUAUUUUGGCGCCGUUUUCUCCCCUCAUAUUACAUUGCUCAAGAUGUCUGCUUGCCUUCUUAACACAUAAUUUAUAUUUGCCAAAGUACCUCUUGACUCUUGAUCAUGCUGGUAUUUCCUUUUUUUACUGCAAUAAAGACAACAGGAGGGUGAGUACUGGAGUCUUACAACAGCUUUGUACCACCGGAAUACAAUUUGUACAUGAUAAUGAAUAAAUGUAUGAAUCAGUCACA